AUGGAGACCAAAAGAUACCAAAGUCUCUUUGAGGGGAGCGAUACCGACAACAGGUGGUCCCAGAUCGCCGCUAGCAUGGAGUACUGCCUGGCCGGCGACGCCAAAGGGGGCGAGAAGACGGAGCAACCGCCGCUUCGCCCUGGGCCGAACCAGCAUUUUGCUGUGCCGCACACGGGCAAACCGGAAAUGGACUCUAAGGAGCUUUCCAAAACCGUGGCGGAGUCCAUGGGGCUUUACAUGAACGCUGCUCGGGAGGCGGACUUUGCCUUUAGCCAGCAUGGGAAGUCUCAGUACCCGGUAUGCGGGCGACCUCUGGAGGAAAACCGGCGCUGCUCGGAAAAGAGCCCUAAACUGGAAGGGUUCGCGUUCCAGCAAGGAGACGGCGCUUCCAUGCUAGCCUCGUCGCUAACCGGCAGCCCCCAAACUCCCAGCCCGGGGGGCGGUAACAACAUGGUGUCCUCCACCACCACAAGCCCUCCGGCGGGUUUCGGCCCAGUGUGCUCGCCCCUCGGCCUGGCCGCGGUCAGGCGCCGGAAUUCUUCAGCGUGCAGCCCCGUGGACUCCAGCACGGUGGGCUCGCCGCCCCUCAUGAGGUCCCCCAUGUCCAGCCCGAGGAGUAUGACCAGUGUCCGGUCCCCGCCGUCCUGCAGCGUCAGGUCGUCCGUCUCCAGCCCCAACGCGGUUCGGCCCCCCGCCUCCAGUCCGGCCGCGGCCAGCCCGCAGAACCCUCCCUCAGGAGUUUUCCCGGGGUCCAGCCCGGCCGACGAACUGGGUUUAGUGCGGGGCGACGCCCGCAGCCCCGACGCCACGGGACUUACCGGCGAGCCGGACUUCAAACCUUUUGACUUCCCCAAAGUGGAGACGGCGGACGGGGAAGUGUUUAACGUAGGUUUGGACCAGAUGGGCAUGGUCAAAUACAUCAAGAACGAGCCGGGGACCGAUUUCCGGAGCAUGUGCUUGGGGGGGUCCAAGUGCAACGCCACGGCCGCGCCGUUUAUCACGCAAAUUAAGAACGAACCGGACAAAAACGACGGUUGCAUGAACCCGCAGUCCUACAGCGACCGUUCGCCGCCGCUCGGUCUCUUCCCAGCGUCCGAGACUACCUACUUGUCCUUGAGGAAUAACAUCGACGAAUACAGUCUCUCGGGAAUCCUGGGCCCCCCGGUGUCGCUCAACGGGAACUACGACCCCGACGUUUUCGCAAACAACGUCCUGUCCAAAGGGGUGAAACAAGAAUCCGGCGACGGCGGUUUUUACCAGGAAAGCAACGGCGUUCCCACCUCGGCUAUCGUCGGAGUUAAUUCCAGCGGACACUCAUUCCAUUACCAGAUCGGCACGCAGGGGACGAUGUCCUUCGCGAGGCACGACGUCAGAGACCAGUCCAACCCUUUGUUGAAUCUAAUCUCGCCCGUGGCGGCGUUAAUGGAGUCGUGGAAGUCGCGGCCGGGCAUGCUGCAGGGGUCGCUGUCGGGCCGGGGCGACGGAUACCCGGGUCAGAACUGCAUCGGGGACGGCAUGACCAGCUCGCCACUCAGGCAGCCUUCGUCGACGGCCAAGGUGUGCCUAGUAUGCGGGGACGAAGCGUCGGGCUGCCACUACGGCGUGGUGACGUGCGGCAGCUGCAAGGUCUUCUUCAAAAGAGCUGUGGAAGGUCAGCAUAACUACCUUUGCGCCGGGAGGAACGACUGCAUCAUCGACAAGAUCCGACGGAAAAACUGCCCGGCGUGCCGCGUACGAAAGUGCCUCCAAGCCGGGAUGAACCUCGGAGCUCGCAAAUCCAAGAAGUUGGGCAAGCUAAAGGGCGUCGGCGAGGACCCGCAAGCUGGCAAGGAGAGCCAGGCGGCGCCCGGCGCGGACUUCCUGUCGUCAGAGAAGGAGCUAAACGCCAGCGGCGGCGUAGUCGCCCUGGCGCCCCGCGGGCCCGGAGCGGUCACACCUUUCCUGCCGCCGUCCAUCUGCAGCGUGCUGGAGCUGAUCGAGCCCGAGGUGGUGUAUUCGGGCUUCGACAGCUCGCUGCCCGAUACCGCCGACCACCUGCUGUCCAGCCUCAACUGCCUGGCCGGCAAGCAGAUGGUGCGCUUGGUCAAGUGGGCCAAAGUACUUCCAGGUUUUCGAGGCCUGCCCAUCGAGGACCAAAUUACGCUGAUCCAGUACUCCUGGAUGUGUCUGUCCUCCUUUUGCCUCAGCUGGCGCUCCUACAAACACACCAACGGACAGAUGCUCUACUUCGCUCCUGAUCUCAUCUUCAACGAAGACCGCAUGCAGCAAUCGGCCAUGUACGACCUGUGUCUAGGCAUGAGGCAAGUCAGCCAGGAAUUUGUUCGACUGCAGCUCACCUACGACGAGUUCCUCUCCAUGAAGGUUUUGCUGCUUCUCAGCACAAUUCCCAAAGAGGGUCUGAAGAACCAGGCGGCGUUCGAGGAGAUGCGAGUUAAUUACAUCAAGGAGCUCCGGCGCUCAGUGGGCAAGGCCACCAACAACUCGGGCCAAACCUGGCAGCGCUUCUUCCAGCUCACCAAGCUACUGGACGCCAUGCACGACCUGGUGGCCAACCUGCUGGACUUCUGCUUCUACACCUUCCGCGAGUCGCAAGCCCUGAAGGUGGAGUUCCCCGACAUGCUGGUGGAGAUCAUCAGUGACCAGAUACCAAAGGUGGAGUCGGGCCUCACCCACACCAUCUACUUCCACAAGAAGUGA